AGCCAUGUUUUGAAAGGCCAGGCGGAAGGUAGCCGGGUGGGGGGUGGGGUUUCUUGCAGGAGUCGAUUCGCUGCUUGAAAACUGGCAGGCAGCACAAAGCGAAGCUAUGUAGCCUGCUCCAAGACAUUUUUCUCGGAAGUAAGUCCGGCUUUGAUCAGUGUAGUAUUUGCUUUCUAAUAAAAACACACAACAGUGAAGCUCGAGCCUGUACGUGCUAACUUAGCGGUAAAGCCCACUGAAUGCAAUGGAUCUUUCUCCCAAGUAAGUACACAUAGGAUUCAAGCUGGCUCUUAAUGUGUUACCUCGGAAGUCUGCGUUCCCCUCCAUAUUGCAACGGGAUCUAAUUCCUGAACGAGUUGGCACAAGAUUGCGGCGUAAUCUGUUGCGGAUAAGAGGCAGAAGCCGGCAAGAAAAGCAACGGUGUGCAUGCGGUUCGUCUUCCCAUUGCAUUCAAGGGCCGGAAGAAAAGGAGGCUGUCUUUCGGGUCUAUAAAGUUAACCAACAACGCGGCCAAGCGGCUUGACGUUCGGCAGAACACUAUCAAGUUCAGGGAUGGCUGAAGAUGCUAGAAUCACAAAAUCAAGCUUUGAGUUUUGGCUGCACAAAGCCCAUGAGUGGGGUCAGAUCACCACUCCAGAAUCUCAGCAAGAUGUCUGCCUUCACUUGCAUAAAUUACAAGAAUUUCUACUGCAGAUUUAUGGAGCUUUGAAACACAUGAAUUGUACUGAUGCAGUCCAAAAGUUUCCAUUAAUUGGUCAAUUACUGGGGAGGCUUUGUUGGAAUCCGUUUGUCAUUGGACAUGAUGAAUGCCAGAAGAUUCUAAUGUGGUGCUUAUGUUGUCUGUACAGUGGUGAACCACAGAACCCUGUGGAAUUGAAGGCCAACAGAUGGAUACAAAUCUUAUUGUGCCAUCUCCUGUCAUUUUCUGGAUUGGGACAUCAUGACAGCAAUAUUAACAACUUCAUUGCAACUCUUGGGUUGACAUCUGUAGAUUACUACAUUAAACUUCUUGAAAAUGUCAUCUCAUCACUAGUGAGAGAACUCAGCAGAAACUGGUUUAAUAGAUUUAAUAGUCAACAAAGUAUUUCUUUGCGAGUAAGAUCUGUGUCCCUUCUCUGUGUGCCACUUAUUAAUCUGCCUGAAAUAACACCACUGCUGGAAGCCCUUCUUAACUAUCAUGGAGAUGGAUCAAAAGAAGUUCUACAUUGUGAGUUUUUAGAAGCUGUGAAUGAAGCCAUUUUACAAAAAAAGAUUUCCUUGUCUGAAUCUGCUGUGGUGCAGCUGUGGCUUCGUCAUCUUCCUAGUCUGGAGAAAGCUUUGUUACAGAAUUUUGAAAGUUUAAUUUUUGGUCAAUCAAGUUCAGUGGAAGAAAUGAUACAUCUGAUAAAAAGUACUCUAUUGCCCCAAGCUGCAUGUCAUCCAGCCAUCUUCAGGACUAUUGAAGAAAUUUUUAAGAAUGCAUUGCUGGAAACCAAUGGAGCACCAGAAGUAAUGACUAUAAUGCAAGUAUUUACACGAUGCUUUCUUCAAGCUUACCAAGAGAAUAAUAAGCAGCACAAAUUUCCACUGAAGGCCUACUUUCCUCAAAAUCCAAAUUCACUGUUGAGAGCUUUCCUCAAACAGCCCUCAGAUUUGCCAGCUGCUGGUUUACAUCAACAUUUAAUUUAUAUUGCUGAAACUUUGAAAGCAGUAGUGGAAACUAAAUGCAUGAGAUCUUGUGGUAAUCUCUUUGAGACCUGGUUUUUGUUCAUUCAUUUUGGAGAAUGGGCUGAUACAGCUGCAGAGCAUUUGUUGGUGUCCAAUGCAGAAUCUUCAGGUGCCUUGCUGUGGCUCUUGGCGUUUUACUAUGAUCCAAAUGUUGAGAAUCGCCAGAGAACUCAAACUGUGCUAGAAGGUAGAUCUCUAUGGGAGUGUCUCACAACCUUGUCCAGAACUCCAGCCCUUUCUGCCAGAGAUCUGCAGGCUGAAGUUAACAGCCAAAUAAGCAAAAGGCAACCUGCUACCAAGGAACUUGUCCUUCAUUUGAUUAUCAGCUUUCUACUUUUUACUGCUAAUGGACACACAAUAGCCAGAGAAUUUAUUGCUCAUUUUGCAGUCACAUAUGAUGAAAUCCGCAGAAUUUCUAGUCUUCUUAGCCGUAUUGCACACAGAGUCAGCCAACUUAAUGUAAAAUAUCAGAGGACUGUAAAGCUGGCGAAUGAUCUUCUGCAGAUUCUAAAAUCUGUGGGUUAGUUUUUGUGGUAAUGCUCAACUUGAGCUGCUGAUUUUUUUCCCAUUGGCAUUUCUCCCCUACAUCUGAUGGGACAAUUUGUUUCCGAAAAGCUACUUAUGUUGUUACAUGUAGAUAAAUUGUAACAGAUAAAUAUGGUUGAUACUGUUUAUAUUCUGUGGCCAAAAUUAUAGUGGAAUGUUCUGAACUCACAACAAUUAGGAUCUUGCUUGACUUCACUUAUUGUCAUAAAAACUGGGAACAAUAUAUACUUGUACAGAUUUCUCCUCAUGUGGCUUAAUCUUUGAUAUAAUAAAUAUCUGAGCAGUUCA